AUGGAACAAGAUCUCAAGACUGACCCUCCGUGUCAUCCUCGCGCAUGUGCGAUUCAAGAUUGCAUACAGAAGAAUGGCUACGACGAAAGCAAAUGCCAAAAGCAGAUUGAUGCUCUGUACGAGUGCUGCAACGCCUUUUACGAGAAGAAUGGCGAUAGCGCAUCAACUGUGAGUUGCCCAAAGGCUGGACUCUUGAGAUUGAAGAUGAGACAACGCGCGCAAGGAAUCAAAUAG